AUGAGGACGCACCCCUCUCCUCCUCCUGUCUCCCUCGCGCACGCCGCUCAGGGCCGCGCCCCGCGCGACGCCCCUAUCCCUGCAUCGCCGCGCUCACCGCAGUCAUGCCGAGCCCUGGCCGCGCGCCGCCCCGCCCGGCCGUGCCUGUCGUCCCGCGCCGUGCCACCGCCCUGCUACCCCCGCGCACGCAUGGCCGAGUCCCGCUUGCGCUGCUCGCCCCGCUCCCCUCCCCUUUGCUGCUUGCCGCUGCUGCCGUCCCGCCUCUACUACUGCCGCCGUCUGCCACUCGCCUCGCUCCUGCGCCGCUGCUCGCAGCCCCGCCUCCUCUGCUGCUGCCGCGCGCCUCGCCUCCGCCCUCUCCUCCUCCCGCGGCCGCGCCACCGCGCCCGCUCGCGCGCCACUGGCCGCGCCGGCGCCACCCCCUCGCCUCCACCCGUCGUGGUCCCGGCUGACCGCAUCGGCUUGCCCCGCCGUCGGUGCCCCGGCGGCCUCGUCCCGCCCAGCGGGCGAGUACCCGCUCGGGUGCGCCCCCGCGCCCAGGCACCCGCACCCGUGUGCCCGCCCUGCUAA